UAUGUACAGUUGGUAGCGGGCAUAUGGUCAUUAUUAUUAGGUGGACUGUAGGCCAAAGAUCUGCUCGAAAAACUGAAUUAAAAUGGAACAAUCUCUCGAAACUAGAGUCCUUGUUUGCGUCUACACGAGAGGUCGUCGCUCAUGAUCUAAGCUGAUGCCCUUCACCUUCGUAUUUGCAUACAUGAUGCAUGCUCGAUCUUAGGCCUCAUAGAGAUCGAUGUCAAGUAUGGAGGCUCCUAGUCCCACCACCAGUCCUUUGGACGGCAGCAUUUUGAAGCUUCCGGGGAAGCUGGACAGGCUACUGCAUCAGCGUCAUCGUUACGGAUGCAUCCUGCCCAAGGGCGUGGAGGAUGAGAUACCUCUCAUCAAGGGUGAUCUCGAAGAAAUCAUGGCCAUGCUCUCAAACCUUGAUGACUAUGAGGCUAUGAUGGUUAGGUGCUGGAGGAAGGAGGUGCGCGAGCUGUCUUAUGACAUGGAGGACUACUUCAUCGACCAGUACGAGCACACCUCAGCUGCUGAGUCGUCCUUGUCCUUGAUGAUGAUGACUGGAUCUGUUUCUCGGCGACAGCGUCGUAACAAGAGCAAGACCACUGUCUCUAGGCUUGGCGAUAAGAUCUUGAUAGCCAAUAACAAGAUGAGAGAAUCCAGAGUGCGAGCACAAGAGCUAUUUCAACGGUACAUGAGCAUGUACAAUCGCGACGCCGCCGCCGUUCCUGUCUCUGGUUCAAGUUCAACUAGCAGAUGUCAUCAUUCUAAUUCCACACCCCGUGGUGGAGAAGAGAAAAACCUGGAUGACCACCAUGCUAUGAAGGAGGCUCUGGAGCUGUCGUACGACAUGGAGAACUUCAUCGAGCAUUAUGGGCUACUCACUCCCGAGUCCUUAUUGGCUGCUGCUGGAUCCAUUUCUGUCCGUAGCCGCCGUCAGGUUACUCAUCAUCAGCGGCCUAGUCGUAAGAGCAAAACAAUUAUACUCUCUAGGCUUGGUGAAAAGCUGAGGCAGCGCCUCUGCAUGGCCAACAUGAUCAGAGAAUUCAGCUUGCGUGCACAAGAGGCACUUGGACGGUACAACACGUAUAAACUUGAUGCCAUUUCUGCCGGCCCUGCAGCUUCCUCCAUUAGAUCAUGUACUACUACUGAUGAUGGAGUUUAUUCUGGCUCGUCCUGGAAGUGGAAUUCCACGACGUCGACGUGCGAGGAUGAUGUUAUUGUUGGUAUCAGUGCUGCUAUGGAAAAUCUCCAAGAGUUGCUCCUGACGAUGCAUGAUGAAGGGCACCAGCAGAAUCUUAAGGUGGUAUCCAUAGUUGGGUCUGGAGGAAUCGGCAAGACAACAGUUGCCAUGGAACUCUACCGCAAGCUUGGACAUCAGUUCGAUUGUCGCGCAUUUGUGCGGACUUCCCAAGAACCUGACAUGAGGAGGAUUUUCGUCAGCAUGCUCUCUCAAAUUGGCCCACACCAGCCACCUGAUAAUUGGACGAUACACAGCUUAAUUUCCACCAUCAGAGCACAUCUGCGAGAUAAGAGGUACUUGAUUGUAGUGGAGGAUUUAUGUGCUACAUCCACAUGGGACAUUGUUAAACGUGCUUUACCAGAUACCAAUUGUUGCAGCAGAAUACUAACAACAACAGAAAUUGAGGAUCUAGCUCUUCAAUCUUGUGACCAUGACCCCAAGUAUGUUUAUAAGAUGAAACCACUAGGUGAAGAUGACUCAAGAACAUUGUUUUUUAGUUCAAUUUUUGGCCCUCAACAUGAAUGUCAUUCAGAACUAAGGGAAAUUUCUCAUGCAAUAAUAAGUAAAUGUGGUGGUUUGCCACUGGCUAUUGUGACUGUCGCUGGUGUUUUAUCAAGUAAGCCAGGCUUAGCAGAUCAAUGGGAUUACGUCAAUAAAUCCAUAGGGUACAGUUUAUCGAUAAAUCCUACCAGUGAAGGGAUGAAACAAGUCCUUGACCUUAGUUUCAACAUUCUUCCCCAGCAUUUGAAAGCAUGUAUAUUAUACACUGGUCUGUAUGAAGAGGACAUCAUAAUUUGGAAGGAUGAUUUAGUCAACCAGUGGAUAGCUGAAGGUUUUAUCGAGGCAACAGAAGGGCAAGAUAAGAAAGAAAUUGCCAGAUCUUUUUUUGAUAGGCUUAUCAGUAGAAAACUGAUCCUCCCUGUAUGUAUAAAUAAAAAUGGUGAGGUUUUGUCCUGCGUGGUUCACCGUAUGGUGCUAAAUCUUGUUAUCAGAUACAAGUCAGUAGAAGAGAAUUUUGUCACUGCAAUACAUCAUUCUCAAACAAUCACCACACUUUCUGACAAGGUGCGUCGACUGUCUCUUCAAUUUGGUAAUGCAGAAGAUGUGAUACUCCCAAUAAAUAUGAGACUGUCACAAGUCCGAACACUUGUCUUUUGGGGGGUCUUCAAGUGUUCGCCUACCAUUGUGCUGUUUCAUCUCCUUCAAGUUCUGAUUCUCCAUUUUUGGGGCGAUAAGGAUAACAUCAAUUUUGACCUCACUAGAAUUUCAGAACUUUUCCGGCUGAGAUAUUUGAAGGUCACAUCUAAUGUUACCUUAGAACUAGGCAACAAGAUUCGAGGCCUGCAAUCUUUGGAAACACUUACAAUAGACGCAAGAGUUAAUACAGUUCCAUCAGAAAUUGUUUACUUGCCAAGCUUGCUGCAUUUUAGUGUUCUCCCAGAGACAGACCUGCCUAAUGGGAUUGGCCACAUGACAUCGCUUCACACACUUGGAUAUUUUGAUCUCAGUAGUAAUUCAAUAGAGAAUGUACAGAGCCUUAGCAUGCUGACCAAUCUCGUAGAUCUUAAGCUAACCUGUUCUACAGGUCAGCCAGAAAAUAUGUAUAACAAAAUGCAGUUCUUGCUGACCUCAAUUCUUGGCAGACUCAGCAACCUCAAGUCUCUUACUCUUGUCCCAAGAGCUUCCACUAAUAAUGCAAAAUCUACAGAUGAGGCUGGUGCUACAGGCAUGGCCAUUUCUGGUGGCUUCAGCAGUUUGUCCUCUGCCCCAGGCCUUCUUCAGAGUCUUGAGGUUUCGCCACAGAUUUGCAUAUUCUACUGGAUCCCCAAGUGGAUCGGGCAACUCCACAAGCUCCGAAUCUUAAAGAUUGGGCUUACAAAAAUAGACAGGGAUGAUGUUGAUGUUAUCAGAGGAUUGACUGCUCUUGCUGUUCUCUCCCUGUAUAGCCAGACCAAGCCUGCAGCAAGGAUAGUCGUUGGGAAGACUGGAUUUCCAGUAAUAAAAUACUUCAAGUUCAAGUGCUGUGACCCUUUGCUGAAAUUCGAGGAGGGUUCUAUGCCUAAUCUCUGUAAGCUGAAGCUUGUUUUCAAUGCCAAUCAUGCCCAUCAACAUAUUACAAUACCUGUUGGCAUCAGGUACUUGUCAAACUUGAAAGAGUUAUCUGCAAAAAUUGGUGGUGCUGGUUCUGAUGAGUCCCACAGAAGGGCUAUAGAAUUGGCUUUCAGAGAUGCAGUCAGGGUGCAUGCUAGAUGUGAGAGAGUCAGCAUACAAUGUGUACAGCAGAUCAUUGGUGGCAAGGAUGAUCAGUAUAGCCUAGGGCGAGUGGAAGAUUAUGGGGAUGAGGAAGACUCAGAUGAACUUGUUGAAAUGAUGCCGGAGCAUUAUGGAGAAGCAGUGGAUACAGAUGCUGACAACAGGUCAUUGUUAUCCGAAUUGCAUAUUUUACUCCUCUUGAGGAACAAGCUCGACAACCAAUGUGAUGAUAUCACAUACAGUAUCCCCAUCGUUGAUGUCUACUCAUACGACCCAUGGAAUCUUGAAAGUAGUGGCAGCACGCAUAGGGGACUGCUGUUAUUUUUCCGCCCACUACCGGAGGCAAGGGGCGUCGUUCCGGUCAAAACACCCUCAGGUUACUGGAAAGUCACAGGUCUGCCUGGGUACAUCUACUCGGAUGAAAGACUUGCAGUUGGGAUGAAAAGAACGAUGGAGUUCUACCAUGACCACUUGACAUCAGGUACCAAAACCAAGUGGAAGAUAAAAGAGUUUACAGCAUUUCAGCAUGCCACAGCUGGUGAAAUCUGCACGCCCAUGAUGCCAAGAAGCGAGAUGAGCCUGUGUCAACUGUACACGGAAUUGGCAGCGAAUCCCGAUUGCAGUCCAGCAGGUGUCCAGUAUGAUGAAAAAUUGUCCGUCAAACAAAAUAAAAUUCCAGCAGAGGAACCAUCAGUAGAAAGUGACAUUGUUCAAACCCGCAAACAUGCUGAUAAGAGGAAACGUAGGGUGGACGAGACCACAAAAACUGUGGUAACUAUUGCCAGCCCUGAUGUGAACGACGGCUACACCUGGAGGAAGUACGGUUCGAAACAAAUCCUGGGCUCAAACUACCCAAGAGACUACUACAAGUGCACGCAACGAAGAGGCUGCCCGGCGAGGAAGCACAUGCAGCGCCGUGACGGCGAGCCAAUACUCUACGACGUGUGUUACUUUGGAGAGCACAGCUGCGAUCUUCAGCAGGGGCACUCCAGUGAGCAGGGAUCAGAAACAAAUACAAUAUCAGGAGGAUGGGAAGCAGCAGGGCUACCAUUAUCGGUACCACACGCACAUGGAAUAAGUUCUGUGGAGGCCAUGAUAAGCAGCGGCAGCCUCACCGCGCGCCCCAAUCCAGGUGUCUCCUCCUUGCGGCCGUCGUCCAUGGUCACGAGCCAAGUAGUGAUGAGCAACCCUGACGACGAUGGCUACUCCUGGACAAAGUAUGGCCAGAAGAACAUCCUCGGAGCGAAACACCCAAUAAGUUACUACCGUUGUGCGCAUUGGAUCGCGCAGGGCUGCACCGCAACUAAACGAUUGCAUCGCAAGGAGGAUGCCGACACGUUGGGCUUCGAUGCCAUCUACUACGGGCAACACACUUGUGAUCAGAUCGCACACUCCACUGACAAUAUCAGUAGCCCCUUGGGCUGUACCACCACUGGAUCUACUUCCAAGCUGGGCACCGAUAAAAUUCAUCCUGAACAAGGUGGACUUUGACUUUGGUCAACAAUUAAGAGUGAAAUGCACCAUUAGUCUAUCAACUUGUCCAUCUGUGUCACUUCAGUCUAUCAACUUUGAAAGUGCAUUUUUUUGGUUUAAAACCUUGUUAAGUGGUACAUAAAUAGUUCAUACCUCUUUGUUUCGUGAAUAGAUAUGA